UUGUUUCAGAAUUUCUUCGCCAGUUUAAGCAGUGUGAACAUCGCAGGAUUGCCUCAGUCAUAUUUGACCAGCAUGAUGAUCUGCAUCAGAUAGAACCUAAACAUUACCUCAAUUUUAAAGAUGACGAGCAUGGUUAUUCUGCUAAUUAUCCAGAUGUAGAAGAGGCAACCAGAAUGGAAGAUGUGCCAGUUGUGCGUGUUUGGUGUGAGCCUUUAAGAUCACAUGGUCUUAUUUCCUAUGUGAAAAAGAAAUUUUUUUGCUAUUGUUGCAAAAAAAAUUAUUGCCAACAUUCCAAAAAAAUCAAAGAAUUAUGUGCAAGUAAUGACACCAUCAUUCCUGCUCUUCAAGAACUGCAGGAACUAUCUGAAGCUGAUGAGGCAACUGAAAGUAAACCAAAAGCAAACAUGACAAAGUGCCAUUCAUAUAGAAAAAUUCCAUUUCAUAUGUCCGAAGCAGGGAAAGCAAUUUUUAAAAAUGGAGUGGCACAGAAUAUAAAAAUGAUUGCUGGACAACCUGUUUUCGUUCCAGGAGAAAGCAUCUGCCGCCACUGUCGAGGAAAUUUAAACAUGGAAGAUCCAGUUGCCGAGAGAUGGAUCGCAUCAGAAAAUGUUAUGUACAUCACAAACACGUUUUUUGGAUCCGGGACAUCUUUCUAUAGACCAUGUUUGAAUUGCGAUUCUGUAACAUUAUAUGAUGGCCUUGAUGAUUGUUUAUUGAAUAUGGGAAGUUUUCUUGUUGGGCAUGAUGCACAAUUUUCUACAUGGAAGAAGGCCCCUUUACACUUACUACAGUGUGUUUGUUGA